CACAAGGUAAACAGUUUCGGAGGAAAUCCCCGUGUGUCGAGUAAGCAAAGGGGGAAGUGGAUUACGUGUAUAUAGUAACGUGAGCCGGCUCGGCGGCAGAGAUCUCUUGCAGGAGGAAUCAUGAGGCUGCAGGCUGUUGUCAAUGGUAAGAACACAUCUCGAUGCCAGUGUUGUUCUGCUGCGUUAAUAUGUGGAAAAUUAAAGCAUUUGGUUUCUGUCACAGCUUUGGGUUCUCUGUGUCUGCUGCUUGCAGAUGGAUUUCCAGUCGAGGAGGAUUUUCCAGAAAUCAUCGGGUCAAAACGCGUCCAGAUCAAAGUCCGUCCAGGUGAGGAGUUGAUGCUUCACUGUGACGCAUUCACAAACUGUGCUGAAGACGAGGCUGUGAUCUACUGGCUCGUCAAUGACUCGUUCCCCGAAGACGCGCCAAGCGCCGACAGAAUAAUAGAAUCCAAAGAACGCACCUUUGAGGACGGUGCAAUCGUUCAGAGGAGUUUGCUGCUGAAGAACGUCACAGCGGAGGACCUCAAAUCCACCUUCAAAUGUGUUGUGACAAAUGCUGUGGGGACGGCCCAGAAGAAAAUAACGCUACACGCAACCACUCGGAAUUGUGCUAGCGGCUGACAGAAAUCAUUAAGUUGUAUUUGUGUUUCAAGCAAAGUAUUUUUAUGUUAGAUGUGAAUGUAUUAUAUGCUGUACUGAUGACUGAUCAGUGGAAGGAUCAAAACUAAUCUUUUUAAUCAACUUUUACAUGAAUCUUAAAUGUAAUAUUGUAUUAACAGUGAGUUCUUUACAUUCUUGCCAUUAAAUACCAGAUAUGUGAAAAA